GGAAGUACAGCGGCGUUUAGGCGGAAAUAGUCCGAGCAGAUUCAAAACAAAUGCGUUGCUCCUAGAUUUACUCGCUUAUCUUGGCGUUUAUAAACUUUUUGUCAUAUUUAUUGUCAGACACAUCUGUAUCCAUGGAUACUCCAGAGCCAGGUCCAGCUGAUGGCGAGGAGCGAAUGGUUGAGCUGCGCCCCAGAACUCGCUCCAAUCCUGAGGGAGCAGAGGACCGUCGGGGGAGCACGGGGAGCCUGGGAGGUAACAGUAACGGCAGCAUUCCUCAGCCUGCAGUGGGGAGCCGAGUGGAGGGAGAGGGAGAAGCAUCGACCAGCGACACUCCUCCCAGCUCCACCACCGCCUCGGUGUCUGUCACUGUAGCCCAAACAGCGCCCCCUACUGCUGCUGCUGCUGUGGCCGGCCCUAGUACCGCAGGGCCAAGCUCUAAUGCCGCGGCUGCUGCUGUGGUUAAAGAGAGACCCAAACUCGCACAGAGCCAACCCCCAAUGAGUGCCAGCAUCCCCCCUCCAGCCGAGUACCAGCUGAGAGUCCCACGGGUCAACUGUCCGGAGAAAGUGAUUAUCUGCUUAGAUCUGUCUGAAGAAAUGUCUCUGCCAAAGUUGGAGUCCUUUAAUGGUUCUAAAACCAAUGCCCUAAACAUUUCUCAGAAGAUGAUUGAAAUGUUUGUGAGGACGAAGCACAAGAUCGACAAACGGCACGAGUUUGCUCUGGUGGUGGUCAACGAUGACGCCUUAUGGCUGUCUGGCUUCACCUCUGACCCCAGAGAGCUGUGCAGCUGCCUGUACGACCUGGAGACCAACGUGUGCGAGUCAUUCAACCUUGAAGAUCUACUCAAUGUUAUUCGACAGAAGAUUGAGUUGCCGAUGACGGAGAAUGUCCAGACGAUCCCUCCUCCGUACGUGAUCCGAACUGUUCUGAUCUACAGUCGACAAGCGGGACCUUUACAGUUCAACCCCUCAGAGGCCGUCAGUAAAAUGCUUCAGUCUCCAUAUUUCUUCUUUGAUGUUGUGUAUCUUCACAAUGGCAUGGACGAACAGGGAGAUGAGACGAGCUGGAGGGAAAACUACACAUCCUUCUGUAACCUGGACUCUAAAGGCAUGUGCUAUCGUUAUGAGGUGUCUCUGUGUGGACCUGCCAUAGAACUGCACAACUGCAUGGCCAAGCUCUUGUCCCACCCACUGCAGAGGCCCUUCCAAAGCCACGCCUCCUACAGCCUCCUGGAGGGGGAGGAGCCCCAGGACGUGGAAGCUACUGUUUAAUCGAAUGUAUGAAGACUCUCAUUUACUAAACUCCAUCUGCCUAUCUUAUCUUAACUGAUCAUGAUCUGACUCCUGGAGUUAUCAGUUGUAAAAAAUUACAUUUGAUGUGAGUAAUCUGAUUACUUUCUGAUACAUACCAUGUGUUCUCAUUUCUACAUCAAUAGUCAAAUCUCUGGUUAUCAGAUUUGACUGGCCAUGUAAAUGUAGCCACUGUGAAGUUCUCUAAAUAAACUGGUGUUUUUUGGGGCUGAUAAAUCGAGGGAAACCUACGAUAUGAACUGAUAUGAAAGACACGACAUGCACUUAAAAGAUGACAGUUGAAAAACAGAAAAUACAAAAUAGAAAGAUAUUUUGUAACUGUUAUGUUCUUAAAGGUGCACUAUGUAACUUGUCAUAGACUUGCUUGUCUCCGUUGGGAUGUUAUUGCUUUGCCUGAGAUAGAUUAAUUGUAAUGCCAGAUUGUGCAAUGUUCCACAAUCUGGCAUUACACUGAAUCUAUCUCAUUUUCUACAGGUGUUUAAUUACUAAAAAUAUCCCAAAAUCACACAUUCUUGAAGUGAACAAAGACAUGGCGAUAAAUAAGUUUUCUGCUAUACUGUGUUUCAUUCUAGGCUCAGCAAUAACACCUCCAUGGAGACAGAUGUCAGAUCAGAAAAGCUACGUAAUGCACCUUUAAAAGUAACACUACAGGCCCUUUUCUCAGACCACAUUGUUUCCAGUUAUUUUAAUGUUUUUAUUGUUUUUUUCCUUUUUGGGGGUCCCAUUAUACUGUUAACUUAACGUGCGGAAGUAUAAUAAAUAAUUUACUUUUUAUGACAAAAUGUUUAUAUUGUUUGACUGUUAUUGUCACUUCUGCUUUUCUGUCAGCAGGUGGCAGCAAAGAUCCAUUAGAGGCCAAGAAUUAUUACUAUUCAGCAAAGAGGUGAACUUCAUGUUAAUUGAUCCAGUGCACUGUGUGUAUUAAAUUUUGAAUACUGAUGCUAAAUGGAAGCAAAUUUAAUAUUAAUACAACUCAAUUUGUGGACAGUGUUACUUUAAAAUAAUAAUUCUCAAGUAGAAAUUAAAUGCAGUGAUCCAAAAAUACCAAAAGAUUAAAAGAGCAUUUGGUGAAAUUAUGUUCUAGUAUCAACAUGUUCAACAAAAACAAUGAACAUUUAUCGUGACAUUCAUGACUUGCUGGUUUAUUUCAGGUGUAACUUAAAUAUCUGGUAGUAUUAAUUUACUCUGCUUGUACUGCAAAUAAAUAAAAAUACCAUAAACAUAGCAUAACAUAUACCAUAACAU